UAAUGUUCCUAAAAAUAUCAAGAAAGUAUUUAGGAAGAAUAAAUCAUAAUACUUUUGUGUAAAGAUAACUAAAAUUGGAUCAGGAAAUUUAACUAUCAUUUUUAAAUGCAAUAAUAUUCUCGAAUAAUCCAUAAAUGCAAUAAAAAGACAAAUGCAUCACCUCAACAAUAUUUGGAAAUCAAGCAAAGCCAAAAGAUGACUACAUUUUUGCAAAGUUAUUUUUGAAAAGUGAUUAAUUAUUCAGUUUUAUAAUUGCUGGAUAGAAUAGAAUUAGUUUUUAUUAAAUGUAGAAUCCUGUGAUUAUAAUAUCAAGCAUUACAUAUAAUAUUAAGAAUUGGAAAUCAAAACUAUAUUAAACCAUAUAUUUAAAUAGCAAGAAUUUAGUAUAUAUUGACAUUAAAUAAGAGAAAAUAAUAUUUAUUUCAACGAUUUAAUAAUAAUUAACAUCUUUUAAAGAUGUAAAUAAAUAAACUAUCUAUUUAUUUAUUUAAGAAUUAUAUAUUCUGAUUCUUUGA